AUGUUGAACCUGAGUCUCGGACCGGACAUGUAUACGAUUCACCGUCGCAAAAACAUCGGCGAAAUGCCCGCGCUGCCUCAGGUUUCGAUGCUCGUCAACUGUCACUUGUGGAUGUGUUAUGGCAUUUUACGCGAUAGUAUCUUCCCGGUCGCAGUCUCUCAAGGGUUCGGCCAGCUCGCUGCGGUUGUCUUCAACCUCGUUUACUUCCACUGGAGCCCGCAGCAGGCACGUAAGGACACGCUCAAACUUUAUGUAGCGGGGAUCGUGCUGCACUGCAUCGUCACGCUCUACUUCGUGCUUUCGCUUACUGGCGUGACUGGCCAAUCAAACUACGACUCCAGCAUUGUACUGGGAUACUUCGACUAA